UAGUUUUACAAACAAUAAACCUUCUUCUUCUUCAAGAACAUGUUGAUCCUCCUGCGUAGAGUUAAACACUCGAUUCCUCAGAGCUUCUUCUUCCUUCGCCAAAUUGGUUUCUCAAACAGUGAUCUCACUGUUCGUUCGUACUUAUCAGGACCUGCUUCGAGUCCCAGCUUAUCGAUAUGGAGACGGAAGAAAGAAAUGAGCAAAGAAGGUUUAAUCGCCGCCAAGGAGCUCAAGCGUCUUCAAACCAAACUCGUCCGUCUCGAUCGAUUCAUUGCUUCUCACGUCUCUCGACUCCUUAAGUCCGAUCUCGUCUCCGUUCUCGCCGAGUUUCAGAGGCAAGACCAAGUUUUCCUCUGUAUGAAGCUCUAUGAAGUUGUGAGGAGAGAGAUAUGGUACAGACCAGACAUGUUCUUUUACAGAGACAUGCUCAUGAUGCUUGCAAGAAACAGGAGAGUGGAUGAAACCAACAAGGUAUGGGGAGAUUUAAAGAGAGAAGGGGUUUUGUUUGACCAGCACACGUUUGGAGACCUUGUUAGAGCGUUCUUGGACAAUGAGCUUCCGGUGGAAGCGAUGAGAUUGUAUGGAGAGAUGAGAGAUUCUCCUGACCCGCCUCUGUCUCUGCCUUUUCGAGUUAUGCUGAAAGGACUCGUUCCUUACCCUGAGUUGAGAGAGAGGGUGAAAGACGAUUUCUUGGAGCUUUUCCCUGGGAUGGUUGUGUAUGAUCCUCCUGAGGAUUUGUGCGAAGAGAGCGAUGACGAAGCUAGAACAGAUAGUGAUCUUGAAUAAACAGGUACAUCACCAGUUCAUUGUACCAUAACUUUAUUGGGUAUAUGAAAUGGCAGGAGCCAGCAGAAGAUAUCACUAGCGGAAUCACUACACAGAGUUUUUAUGAGGAAUGAGGAAAUACAGUUUGUGGUCUAGCACAAAGUUUAUAGCAAUUCCUCUCUUCAUUGUCACAAUUGGUCCACCAUGGUUUGAUAAUCAGUGAUAGUUUUUUUUUUUUUAUAUGUGAUGAUUUCCACAUUUUCUUUAUAACUACUUUUUAGUUACAUUUAUCAUCACCAAACAGCUUAUAAUAUAGAAUAAUCUAUGGUUCUCGUAAUGUAUAUCAUUUUCUAUCUGAUGAACAAGCAUUUUGAUGUCUGCAUCAGUUCUUAAUGAUGUUGUAGUGUGUAUC